AUGGAUGUUUUAUUUGAUAAUUUUCAGGCUGUCAAGAGGCAUAACUUGACUAAAAUGUGGUUCAUGAAGAUCAUUGAUGAAAGAGAGAAGAAUUUGGAUGAUAGAGCAUACCAUAACAUCCAGGAACUUGAAACGUAUGCUGAGAACACUCAGAGUGCUCUCUUGUACCUCACCUUGGAAAUGCUGGGUGUGAGGGACAUCCAUGCUGACCAUGCAGCCAGUCACAUUGGGAAAGCGCAAGGCAUAGUUACCUGUUUAAGAGCAACUCCGUAUCACAGUACAAGACAAAAGGUCUUUCUUCCCAUGGACAUUUGUAUGUUGCAUGGAGUUUCACAAGAGGAUUUCAUAAGAGGCAAGCAAGAGAAAAAUGUGAGAGAUGUAAUUUAUGACAUUGCCAGCCAGGCCCAUAUUCAUCUAGAACACGCUAGAUCUUUCAGUAAGAAAGUUCCUGUGAAGGCAUAUCCUGCUUUUUUCUGUACGGUUGCUUUAGAUGAUUAUUUAUGUAAUAUGCGAAAAGUGGACUUCAAUAUAUUUCAUCCAAGCUUACAAAAGAAGAGUACGUUAUUACCAUUGCAUUUAUAUAUUAGAUCUUGGAAAAAAACAUAUUAAAUUUUUUUUAAUAUG